GUAAAGUCGGUGCGCGUGAAGCGCGUGAGUUUCAGUAAACAAUGGGGUGGGGCGAGUGUACACUUGAACACACCAGUUGGCUAGUGAGUAACGGUACAUGAUACGCCCUAAAUACCUAAAUGACCGAGUGGGAUUCGCGGAGAGGACGGAUUGAAUGGUAUCAUUCAGCCGCGAAGCUCUUUUCUUUCGGAAACUGAGGGAUCGUGCAUGAUCGGAAUGAUGCUUUUAGCUGUGGCCGAGAGUCUGCUUUGUGCCUGAGAGUCUGCUUUGUGCCUGAGAGUCUGCUUUGUGCCUGAGAGUCUGCUUUGUGCCUGAGAGUCUGCUUUGUGCCUGAGAGUCUGCUUUGUGCCUGAGAGUCUGCUUUGUGCCUGAGAGUCUGCUUUGUGCCUGAGAGUCUGCUUUGUGCCUGAGAGUCUGCUUUGUGCCUGAGAGUCCAGUUCAGGGACUUAUCAUGAGGACUCCUGGCGAGAACCUCAUCCAGUUGUACACUGUAGCCUAGGGAGAGAAAAAAAGUUACAUUUCUAGCACUAAUUCUAGUAAAAGAUGAGAUUUAUGCAACUUUUAAGGAACUUUUAAAGGAGUCGCGCAUGAGAGAGAAUAAGAGACAUAGAGAGAGACAUAGAGAGAGACAUAGAGAGAGAUGCCUUCUCUGCAUCAUGGCGCCGUGUUCAUUGGCGUCUUCCUCAUCGUCACCGGCGGCUCGACCGCUUUCCUCACGUCUAGCCAAAGCAGACUGCAAGCGUUCAGCCUAUGCUGCGUGGUGUUAGGCGCAGUCAUGCUCAUCCUUGGUCUCUUUUGGGCCAUGAACGACAAGAGCCGUCAGGGCUCCUACACUAACGAAUACACGCACGACUACGGGCACGUGCUGUUCAGCCCGCCGCCCGGAAACCACUUCCCGGAGUCCCAGUCCAUCUUCUUGCACAGAACUUUGGAAAGGCAGAGACGAGGUGUGUACGGGGAUGAUUUUGACUACCCUCCCAUGGAGCCAACAUGUUUCAGCCCAGCUGCUCGUGGGCCGCCCCCCCACUGGGAGAUGGAACCUCCGCCACCGUAUGAAGUGGCCAUCAAAACUACAUGCAGCUCUACGAACAUGAGACGCAGCUACUCGGACACGAUGUUGUCCACUGAGCCACUUUUUAGUCGCUCCCGUGAGAUCAGCUUUGAAGUGUAAGGCUUGUGCUGUAAAUUAGCUGUUAUGAUGCAAGCAUUUCAGAGCAUGGCUCACACAGGGACCCCAACCUCCAAAGGUGCUUCAGAAACCCUUAGUAUCAAAGUAUUUCUCUAUUUCACAAUGGGCUACAAAUAUGGUCAAAGGAGAAACCUAUGAAACUGUAAGAUUCCAAGGAGUUAUUAUCCGCUGUUUGCUCCUGUGAGGUGUGUUCAUUUGUAAUUAUACUCCGAAGAUAAACACUUAAUCUCUCUCAGUAUUUAUUUGGUUUAACUGCCGGUGUUUUAAAAUUGAGACCAAUUUAGCAAAUUUAAAAUGUCCAUGCAGCGGCUGCAUUUUCUCUCUAUACAUAACACUUACAUUACUCAAAUGACUGACUAUAAAGAUGUACUUCUACCCCUUUACAAAUUCCUCACAAGCAUGAAUCACAAUCACUUCUUGACUGGUUUAGUGCACACGUGAGAUGUAGUGACACUACUAGCUGCUCGUGAAGGUCACAAAUUGCGGCACCUGGAUUCAUGAGCAUGUACAUAAAGUCAUUUGCACAAUCUGAAGCACCAGCUUAUGAGAAGUAAACAGAGAAAAGGCCUGGAUAUAUAUGCAAAGCUACGAUUUGUUCCUGUGCAUGGUGAUUUGAGAAGGAAAAGACACACCCACAUUUGAAGAAACUGGAGCUGCAAGAAGUGAUACCAGAAAAAUAUUUCUGUAACAAAAGCACAUCUAAAGUGGCCAUAGUGAAUUUUAACUGCUGUUGGAUUGGACCGAGUGCUAACAUUGUGGCAGGGGUCAUAACGACGCAUCUCUUCAUCGGGGCGCUUACAGAGAAUUGACAGAAUAUUACAGGAAACACUUACGUGCAACAACAAACCAGAGCAUUAUUUGAUUCAUCACUGGUGACCUUUGUGUCCCCUGGAGGAAACUGACAAUUUAAGAAGCAUUGAUCUGUGACGUAAUCUAAGUGUAGAAUGCCUCAGUGAUGUAAUCAUGAAUGACCACAGUGCAUUAGUAGGUUUAAUGUUACCUUGGUCUCCUUUUGUUUAUAAUUAUAAAUCAUGGCAUUUUCAUUGAUUGCUUUCUUUGCCUCAACCGAAGUGACAUUAAAAUGAUGUGCCUCCAUUAAAUUACAGUUCAGGGCCUUUAUGGGUACAUUGCACUAUACUUUAUAGAAUAUGCACGAUGUACAUCGCUUACGUGC